AUGAGGGGCCCAACUAUUCUUAAGACUGAAGAUGAUAAGACACGGCAGCUCAACAAACACAGUCUGAUGGCUUUCUCAGGAGAGGCAGGAGAUACCGUACAAUUUGCGGAGUACAUUCAGGCGAACAUUCAACUAUAUACGAUGCGGAAUGAUACCGAACUCGGACCGAACGCCGUUGCCAACUUUGUCCGAGGAGAACUGGCGCGCAGUCUGCGAUCUCGGAGCCCAUACACAGUCAACCUGUUGCUCGCUGGUGUCGAUGGAAUCACCCAGAAGCCUCAUUUGUACUGGAUAGACUACCUGGCUUCUUUGGCACCAGUACCAUAUGCCGCCCAUGGUUAUGCCCAAUACUACUGUCUCUCAACACUCGAUAAACACCACCACCCUGAUAUCUCCCUCGAAGAAGGCUUAAAGCUUCUAGAGAUGUGCACAGACGAGCUAAAGCGUAGAUUGCCGAUUGACUACAAGGGAGUUUUGGUAAAGGUCGUGACCAAAGAUGGCGUAGAGAAUAAGAGAAAUGACCCUUUGAACGUUUGCUUCUUCGGUCGUAUUGUCACAAUGCUCCACACGGAUUUACUCACUGUAUCAUGUAUGACGCUAGUCAUGAUGUCCAAGAGGCAAGCUGAGUUGUCAUUCGAGGAAGAUACUGUCGCCGGUUCUCCCGCCAUUAAAAAGGCCCGUGUGGAGGACGACUUCGAGGAAGGUGACCCGCGCCAUGGAGCCCUUCCGUUACGACGGGCGAGCGGGCAAGAGAGAGAAGAGGACGAACGCAAAGGGUAUGAUAUCCUAGCUGCUGCGGACCAGGAGGGUGAAGAGCUGGAAGAAGCUGCGGUAGAUAAUGGCGCUGAGUCCGAUUUUGAUGAUGCCGACGACGACAGGCCUGUAAUUGCGGCUCCCAAGCGCCAAAGUGCGCCUAUGGAGGGCUAUAGCGAUCUUUAUCUUGAUACGAUUAAUCGCGAAAUUCUUGACUUCGAUUUCGAAAAACUGUGCUCGGUUACCCUUUCGAAUAUCAAUGUAUAUGCGUGUCUCGUCUGCGGUAAAUACUUUCAAGGCAGGGGCCCGAAGUCGCAUGCCUACUUCCAUGCGCUUGAAGUCGGCCAUCAUGUUUUCAUAAAUAUGGGAACAAAGAAGGUGUAUGUCCUUCCAGAGGGCUAUGAAGUGAAAAAUAAGAGCUUGGAUGAUAUCAAGUACGUGGUGGACCCGCACUAUAGCAAGGAAGAGGUCUCCAAGCUAGACAAAGAGGUACAUGAUGCGUUCGACCUCGCAGGAAAUCGUUAUAGACCAGGUUUCGUUGGUAUGAACAAUAUCAAAGCCAACGACUACUUGAAUGUGGUCGUACAACUUUUGGCGCAUGUUUUUCCAAUUCGCAACUACUUUCUGCUACAUGAGUUCCCGACACCUGGCACACCUCAAUUAGCUCUACGCUUCAGCACACUAGUGCGAAAGCUAUGGAAUCCAAAGGCUUUUCGAUCCCAUGUGUCGCCACACGAGUUGCUACAGGAGAUUGCCCUUCGUUCAUCAAAGCGCUUCACACUGACCCAACAGUCUGACCCAGUGGAAUUUUUGUCAUGGUUCCUAAACAACUUGCAUCUUUCACUCGGGGGCUCUAAGAAACCUUCCAGGACACCGACCAGUGUGGUUCAGGCCGCAUUCCAAGGCCACCUGAGGAUUGAAAGCCAAGCAAUCACCGCUCACUCAGAUACCCAAAACGCUCGUCUAGUCUUUACGGAAUCGGGCGACAUUAAAAGCCAGACCACCCCAUUUCUCAUCCUCACGUUAGAUUUACCUCCUACUCCUCUCUUCCAAUCCGCCAAUCGGGAAUCCAUCAUUCCCCAUGUUCCUCUGACAACACUACUAAACAAGUACAACGGCAUCACUGCUUCAGAGAAACUGGCUCAUCGAGUCCGCCACCGCCUUCUUCACCCCCUUCCACCUUACCUAUUAUUCCAUAUCAAACGAUUCAGCAAGAACAGAUUCGUAUCUGAACGUAAUCCGACAAUUGUCACCUUUCCGUCACCCCGCUCCCUGGACAUGUCGCCCUACGUCGAACCGAAUCCAGACAUUUGGCCUCCGGGUGAACCGAUCCUCUACGACCUCGUGGCCAACAUUAUCUUAGACCCGACUGUAGCUGUUCCUGGUGCCACCGAUGAGGCAGCCGCAGAUAAGGGUGUUAACGCAGCAUCUGGAGCAUCAUCAUCAACUGGCGCCGGUGCGGGCAGCGAGAAGGUUUCCUGGAUGGUCCAGCUUCACGACAAGGCUACGUCUGCAGAGAAUAGUCGACAACAUAGCGAGCGCGCUGGUGAACAGCAAGGACCGGAGUGGCUUGAGGUCCAGGAUCUGUUCGUCAAGAAGGCAGAAACCGAAACCCUAUUCACCCGAGAGGGAUAUCUUAUGGUUUGGGAGCGGCGAAAGGUCCCAGGCAUGAACGGUCGUAAGGGGAAGAACCCAGCAAAAUAG